UUUCUGCUCUUAACAGAUUGUCAAGAUUGCCUUAAUAUCCGAAAGGAGGAAAUAAAUUUAAAGCCCUCCACUCAUCCAUCGGCAUCCUCUUUUUUCAACACCAAGUCUCCUCUGUCGCCAAGAAAACUGAUUUCUUUGCCAACGGGCAAUCCCCAGCGACAGCAUCCUCUUUUCCUUUUCCAAAAGGAGAAUCGAAUCCAUUGCACAGCGACGACACGUCUCCACCGAAAUUCCUCAUCAUGACGUCUCCUGAAUGCUCUCUCCAAUCCUAUUCCUACCCAUUCCCAAGCUUUGCUGCUUCCAGAUCUCCCAAAUUUCUCACAACUCCCACGCAACCGCACCGUCAGAGCUUUCCCGGAGCUGACGCCGUAGUCGCCUGUGCCGACCAGGCUCUUGGGCUGCUGCCGCCGCCGCCGCUCCAGCGCAGAGCUACUCAGCGUCCACCUGCUGGUGAGGACGAGCUGGGCGAGCUCGUGAAUUGAAGGCGCCCUGUUCAUACGCUGUUCCAACGAAUCAGUGCGCUCGUGUUGUGCGUGAGGGUUCCAAUGGCGGAGCUGGUGGUCACCAUGGCGAUCCGCCCACUGGUGGCCAUGCUCAGGGACAAGGCGUCAAGCUACCUCCUCGACCAGUACAAUGUGAUGGAGGGAAUGGAGGAGCAGCACAAGAUUCUGAAACGCAGGCUUCCUAUCAUCCUGGAUGUCAUCACUGACGCCGAGGAGCAGGCGACGGCCAACAGAGAAGGGGCGAAAGCCUGGCUCCAGGAGCUCAAGAGAGUAGCCUAUGAGGCAAAUGAAGUCUUCGAUGAAUUCAAAUACGAAGCACUUCGCCGUGAAGCCAGGAAGAAUGGACACUACAAAAAGCUUGGAUUUGAUGUGAUAAAAAUCUUCCCUACUCACAACCGAGCUGUGUUCCGUCAGAGAAUGGGUAGCAAGCUUUGCAGGAUUCUCGAGGAUAUCAAUGUUCUUAUUGCAGAGAUGCAUGACUUUGGGUUGAGGCAGACAUUCUUGGUGUCCAGUCAGUUCAGGCAGACACCAGUGUCCAAGGAGUGGAGGCAAACCGAUUAUGUCAUCAUUGACCCACAAGAAAUUGCCAGCAGAUCCAGACACGAAGAUAAGAAUAAUAUCGUCAACAUACUACUUGGUCAAGCUGGCAAUGCAGAUCUCGCAGUAGUUCCUAUUGUUGGAAUGGGGGGCCUUGGCAAGACCACAUUAGCGCAACUCAUAUACAACGAACCUAAAAUUCAGAAGCAUUUUCAGUUGCAGCUUUGGGUAUGCGUCUCUGAUACCUUUGAUGUGAAUUCUAUAGCUAAAAGUAUAGUUGAAGCAUCCCCCAAGAAAAAUUAUGAUACAGAGAAACCACCAUUGGAUAGACUUCAGAAACUGCUCAGUGGAAAGAGGUACCUCCUUGUAUUGGAUGAUGUCUGGAACAGAGAGGUCCAAAAGUGGGAAAGACUAAAGGUCUGUCUUCAGCAUGGCGGCAUGGGUAGUGCAGUGUUGACAACAACCCGUGACAAACAAGUUGCUGAAAUUAUGGGUGCGGAUAUAACCUACAAUCUCAAUGUUUUGAAGGAUGACUUCAUAAAGGAAAUUAUUGUGGCUCGAGCAUUCAGUUCAGAGAAUGACAAGCCUCCCAAGCUACUCAAGCUGGUUGGUGAGAUUGUGAAGAGAUGUCGUGGCUCUCCUUUAGCUGCAACUGCACUGGGAUCUGUACUUCGUACCAAGACCAGCGUGGAAGAAUGGGAGGCCAUAUCAUCUAGAAGCAGUAUUUGCACUGACGAAACUGGAAUUUUGCCAAUACUCAAGCUUAGCUACAAUGAUUUGCCACCACACAUGAAGCAGUGCUUUGCUUUCUGUGCCAUAUUUCCCAAGGAUUACAAGAUUGAUGUGGAGAAGCUUAUCCAUCUUUGGAUCGCAAAUGGCUUUAUCCCGGAACAUGAGGAAGAUAGUCUUGAAACCAUUGGAAAACAUAUUUUCAGUGAGCUAGCAUCAAGGUCAUUCUUUCUGGACAUAGAGGAAAGUAAAGAAUGGUAUUAUUCUGAUAUGGGAAUUAACUAUUAUUCCAUAACUACAUGCAAAAUCCAUGAUCUUAUGCAUGAUAUUGCAAUGUCUGUUAUGGGAAAGGAAUGUGUCGUUGUAAUUAAGGAACCAAGUCAAACCGAGUGGCUUUCGGAUAGUGCUCGGCAUUUGUUCUUUUCAUGUGAAGAAACAGAAGGUAUUUUGAAUGAUGCUUUGGAGAAGAAAUCCCCUGCCAUUCAAACGCUGAUAUGCGAUAGUCGUAUUGAAAGCUCAUUGAAGCAUCUAUCAAAAUAUAGCUCUUUGCAUGCCUUGAAGCUCUGUUUGAGAACAGAAUCAUUUGUACUCAAACCAAAGUAUCUGCAUCACCUAAGGUACCUUGAUCUCUCAUUCAGUGAAAUUAAAGCACUUCCUGAGGAUAUAAGUAUUCUGUAUAACCUGCAAGUGUUGGACCUUUCGAAUUGUCGUUAUCUUCAACGGCUUCCAAGGCAAAUGAAGUAUAUGACUUCCCUCUGCCACCUCUACACUCAUGGAUGUCCGGAGUUGAAGAGCAUGCCUCCAGGACUUGAAAAUCUCACUAAGCUGCAGACACUCACAGUUUUUGUAGCAGGAGUUCCUGGCCCUGAUUGCAGUGAUGUUGCAGAGCUGCAGAAUUUAAACCUUGGUGGUCAGUUAGAGCUAUGCCAGGUAGAGAAUGUUGAAAAAGCAGAAUCAGAAGUGGCAAACCUUGGAAACAAGAAGGAUCUCACUGAAUUGACAUUAAGAUGGAGUAAGGUUGGCGAGAGCAUGGUGCUCGACAAGUUCGAACCUCAUGGCGGGCUGCAUGUUCUGAAGAUAUAUUCCUAUGGAGGAGAGUGCAUUGGUAUGUUGCAAAACAUGGUUGAGAUCCAUCUUUUUCAUUGUAAAAGAUUGCAAUUUUUGUUCAGAUGCAGUACAUUAUUUGCUUUCUCAAAACUGAAGGUGCUUACACUAGAACAUCUGUGUGGUUUUGAGGGAUGGUGGGAAAUAGAUGAGAGGCAUGAAGAACGGACAAUAUUUCCUGUGCUUGAGAAGUUGUUUAUUAGUAAUUGUGGAAACUUGGUAGCAUUACCUGAACCACAAUUGCUGCAAGGACCUUGUGGCGAAGGCGGUUAUACAUUGGUACACUCAGCGUUUCCUGCCCUAAAGAUCCUCAAAAUGGAACACUUAAAGAGCUUUCAGAGAUGGGAUACGGUCAAAGAGACUCAAGGAGAACAGAUAGUGUUUCCUUGGCUGGAGGAACUAUCAAUUUGGAACUGCCCAAAGCUGAUAGCGUUACCUAAAGCACCAUUGCUUCAAGAACCAUGUAUUGAAGGUGGUUAUAAAUUGGUACGCUCAGCAUUUCCUGCCCUCAAGGUGCUCAAAAUGGGAAGGCUGGAGAGAUUCCAGAGAUGGGAUCCAGUCGAAGGGACAUUGUUUCCUCAGCUUGAGAAAUUAUCAGUUCGAAAAUGCCCAAAUAUAAUAAAUUUACCUGAAGCACCAAAACUCAGUGUAUUAGAAAUUGAAAAUGGCAAGCAAGAGAUAUGCCAUUGUGUAGACAGAUAUUUGUCUUCAUUGAACAAUCUAAUAUUGAAGCUAGAAUACAUAGAAAUAACAUCAGAGGUUGAUUGCACUUCAAUUGUACCGGUGGAAGCCAAGGAUAAAUGGAACCAAAAAUCCCCCCUUACAGUUAUGCAGUUAAGAUGCUGCAACUCAUUCUUUGGAGAAGGUGCACCAGAGCCGUCAGACUAUUUUCUACAUCUUCAAGAGUUGGCAAUUGGUAGAUGCGAUGUGCUCGUCCACUGGCCAGAGAAAGUGUUCCAAAGCUUGGUAUCCUUGAGGAGAUUAGUGAUUAAUAGUUGCAAAAAUCUGGUUGGAUAUGCACAAGCUCCUCUUGAGCCAUCAGCAAUUGAAAGGAGUCAAUGCCUGCCAGGUCUUGAGUCUCUUGCGUUAAAAGAUUGUCCAAGUUUGGUAGAGAUGUUCAAGGUCCCGGCAUCUCUCAAGAUAAUGGAUAUUACGUGGUGUCCUAAACUUGAGUCCAUUUUUGGCAAGCAGCAGGGCAUGUCAGAGUUCAUUGAAGGUUCUUCAUGCAGUGAGGUGGUCGUGCAUGCAGCUGUAUCAGAGUUGCCAUCCUCACCGAUGAAUCACUCUUGUCCAUGCCUAGAAGAUCUGCGGUUACUUCGUUGUGGAAGCUUACCAGCGGUUCUGAACCUGCCUCCAUCCUUAAAGACCUUAAAAAUGUAUGUCUGUAGUAGUAUUCAAGUCCUGGCAUGUCAGCAGGGUGGGCUCCAGAAACCAGAAGCCAGUACCUCCAUAAGCAGAACACCUAUCAUGCCAGAGCCACCAGCAGCAGCAGCAGCGACAGCUGCAAGAGAGCAUUUACUUUCCCCCCAUCUCGAAUGUCUAGUAAUACAGGACUGUGCUGGCAUGUUGGGUGGGACUCUCCGUCUGCCUGCACCCCUCAAGAGACUGGACAUUAUUGGCAACAGUGGGUUGACAUCGCUGGAGUAUCUGUCAGGAGAGCACCCCCCAUCGCUGAAAUACCUUACUCUUGCAGGAUGCAGUACCCUGGCAUCCCUGCCGAAUGAGCCGCAAGUAUACAGGUCUCUCUGGCGUCUUGCAAUUACAGGCUGCCCUGCUAUAAAGAAGCUCCCUAGAUGCCUGCACCAGCAACUGGGCAGCAUCGAUGACGAUUUCAAAGAACUAGAUGCCCGUUAUGAAGUAAUGGCAUUUAAACCGAAGACAUGGAAGGAAAUACCAAGACUGGUACGUGAGCGGAGGGCGGCUGCUCUAGAAGCCAGGAAACGCCAGCAAGUCAUGCAGGAGUAA